CAUGCGCACUGCCAUCGCCUGCCUCGCCCUCGCCUCGGCGGCCUUUGCCUCGACCGCGUGCACGACGGACCGCACCAUCAAGUACCUCGGGUACGAGCUCACGUUCGACUGCGAAGCCGCCUCGGCGGACCGCUGGGCGUACACGCUCGGCUUUGACAACGGCAAGGCCAAGCGCCCCAGCGGCUUCUACACGGACCCGAACCUCCCGACGACCUGUAAGCAGCAAAAACGACGAUCCGCGAGGCGCACUACAUGA